CUGGGAUAAAAGUAUCUCUACCAGCAAUGCAGCCCAUUAAAGAGACCUGGCUGGAAUACACAGUGACUGAGUGGGUGCUUACCACCCAACCUGUUUCUGUUCAUUCCUACCCAUCAGCCUCUGCCUGCUGAGUUAUGCUGAUCCUGUCCUGCCCUUCCAAGUUGCAACUGCUGGAGGGAAUUUUGAGGAAGAGCCUUCCUCAGACCCUUUCGGUCCAUGGAGCAGUAAUGAACAUAAACCGUGGGAACCCAGUUGGGCAUGAAGUGCUUGUGGAUUCAUGGCCAAACUUCAAAGCUGUCCUCACUCGGCCACGCAGAGAGGUUGCCUCAGAUGACUCUGAUUUAUACACCAACAUGUAUGCAGCAUUCUACCAUGAUCUUGAUGUGUAUCAGACACUGUUACGGGAUUCAGAUGCUGUCAACUGGGACCAGACCUUCUAUAUCAUUGGGCACCAGGAUGGGAUAUAUGAGGCAUCCAAAGCUGCUGCUGCCGCCAAGCAAAUUCAGAUAUCAUCCUCUUCCUACUUCACUUACUUGCACCCUGACCCAAAUAAAAUGCCCACACGUCAGCUAGAUCCCAGCUUGACACUUUCCACCUUGAAUAGCUCCCAUGCUGACCUGCUGAAUGAAACAUGGCCCUAUGGAGGCAAUGAGCAAAGUCGUCGGUACCUGGCCACUCUGCUGCGCUCCUUCCCCAACCGCUGCAUCCUGGACAGCAAUGGAUGCCCGAUCAGCUGGGGCAUCAUGGAUUCUUUUGGUGCAUUGGCGCAUGGCUAUACCCUUCCAGAACAUCGUGGUCAUGGCUAUUUGACUAUAGUCAAUAAAGUACUGUACACACAUAUCCAUGAAUGUGGCUACCCCUUAUAUGGCAAUGUAGCCCUCGAUAAUGUACGCAUGCAGAAUAUAUUGGAACAUUUGGGCUCCCAAAGAUUAUCCAUCUUGUGUAGUUUUAUUUACCAUACUUCUAAACCUUCCACUAUAAAUAUAUAACCCUCCUCAAGUCUCAGCAUAUGUGUGAUCUUUUAAGAUGGUGAACCAUCACUUUAUUGCCAGGGAGGUGGAAUGUAGUGAGCUAUUCACACUUGCCCCCAGCCAGCAUUUCUUUUAUUUUAUACUCUUCUACUCAGCAGACUUUCCUAAUCCCUCUUGCACGUUUGUCCUUUAUCAUUUUGUUGAGGAACAUUAUAUGCCAUAUCCAUAAAUCAGGCCAGUGAUCUAAUAAUACAAUAAAAAUAAUUUCCUUUGGCAUGUGUUAUUGUCCAAAGCCAUGGGUUCAUUCUCCAAAAGAUUGUAAACCCCUUUUCCAUUUUAAUAAAAGCACUUGUUAUCUAGUGAAAGCAGAAAAACAGCAAAUGGUGGUGGUAGGUUUACCUAUAAGCAUAUCCGUUCAAAAAGUUUACUGAAUUAACAAAAAAACUUUAUGCCACUUACAAAGCAAUAAAUGCAGUACAAAACUUACUUUGUAUGCCCCAGAGACCUAAUUAAAGGAUUCCAUGUUUGUGCCAUUA